CAGGCGUGCAGCAGAAGCGGGAAGCGGAGAGAGAGAGGAGAGAGAUAACAAGCGGGGGGGAUAGCAAAGGAUAGGGUACGGCAGCCCCCCCCCGCCGAUUACGGAGGGCAGCCCUGCCUCUGAGCAUCUGUGCCGGGGGAGACGGUGGGGUGGCCCUUGGAGCUCGCAGCGCACGGCAGGGAGUAACGCGGCAGAAACGGCGGCACCAUGGCACAGGCGGCCAAGCACCUCCGCAAGAACAAGGAUCUGGAAGCGCAAUUGGAGGCGGAGCGCAAAGAGAAAGAGGAGGAGAAGAGUAAGAAGAGGAACCGGUCCCGGGACCGAAAGCGCAAGGCCAACGCAGUGCAUCGCUGGCUUAUCGAUCAGGACAGUAAUGUGAGCUCUGAGGUGCCGGAUGGCCAUGGAGUUUGGCUCUAUGAUGAAACAGCUGAUGCUGCCACCAGUUUCCUCCGUGCUGCCCGAUCCGGGAACCUGGACAAGGCCUUGGACCUGAUCAAGAAUGGAAUAGACAUCAACACAGCCAAUCAGAAUGGGCUCAACGGGCUGCAUUUGGCCUCCAAAGAGGGUCAUGUCAAGAUGGUCCUGGAGCUGCUGCACAACGGCAUCGUGCUGGAGACCACCACCAAGAAAGGAAACACUGCUCUACACAUAGCCUCGCUAGCAGGCCAGGAGCAGGUGGUAACAGAACUGGUGAAUUAUGGGGCGAAUGUCAACGCCCAAUCACAGAAGGGCUUCACUCCACUCUACAUGGCCGCCCAGGAGAACCACCUGGAGGUGGUCAAGUUCCUUCUGGAGAACGGGGCCAAUCAGAGCAUCCCCACUGAGGACGGCUUCACCCCGCUGGCGGUGGCGCUGCAGCAGGGGCAUGAGAAUGUCGUGGCCCUACUCAUCAGCUAUGGCACCAAGGGCAAGGUACGUCUCCCUGCGCUGCACAUCGCCGCCCGCAACGACGACACUCGCACCGCCGCCGUGCUGCUGCAGAACGACCCCAACGCGGACGUCCUGAGCAAGACGGGCUUCACCCCCCUUCACAUCGCCGCUCACUACGAGAAUCUCAACGUGGCCCAGCUGCUCCUCAAUAGAGGGGCCGACGUGAAUUUCACCCCCAAGAAUGGUAUCACACCCCUGCACAUCGCAUCAAGGAGAGGGAAUGUGAUCAUGGUCAGACUGCUCUUGGACAGAGGGGCACAGAUAGAUGCCAAAACCAAGGACGAGUUGACACCUCUGCACUGUGCAGCGCGUAAUGGACACGUGCGAGUCAUCGAAAUCCUGCUGGACUACGGAGCCCCCAUGCAGGCCAAAACCAAGAAUGGCCUGUCCCCCAUCCACAUGGCUGCCCAGGGGAACCACAUGGACUGUGUACGGCAGCUACUGCAGUACAACGCUGAGAUCGACGACAUCACGCUGGACCACCUGACCCCCCUGCACGUGGCGGCCCACUGUGGCCAUCACAGCAUGGCCAAGGUGCUGCUGGACAAAGGAGCCAAGGCCAAUGCUCGAGCUCUGAAUGGCUUCACUCCGCUGCACAUAGCGUGCAAGAAGAACCACAUCCGUGUGAUGGACCUGCUGCUGAAGCACUCGGCCUCUCUGGAGGCGGUGACAGAGUCGGGCCUGACCCCACUGCACGUGGCCUCCUUCAUGGGACACCUGAACAUUGUCAAGAUUCUGCUCCAGAAAGGCGCAUCGCCCAAUGCCUCUAACGUGAAAGUGGAGACGCCGCUGCACAUGGCCUCGCGGGCCGGCCACUGCGAGGUGGCCCAGUUCCUGCUCCAGAACAACGCGCAGGUGGACGCCAAAGCCAAGGACGACCAGACUCCCCUGCAUUGCGCCUCCCGCAUGGGGCACAAGGAGCUGGUGAAGCUUCUGCUGGAGCACAAGGCCAACCCCAACGCCAGCACCACGGCGGGACACACGCCCCUGCACAUCGCCACCCGCGAGGGCCACGUCCAGACGGCCAGCAUCCUCCUGGACAUGGAGGCCCAACAGACCAAGAUGACCAAGAAAGGUUUCACUCCCCUCCACGUGGCAUCCAAAUAUGGCAUGGUGGAUGUAGCGGAGCUGCUACUGGAGCGAGGAGCCAGCCCCAACGCGGCAGGGAAGAAUGGACUGACCCCUCUUCAUGUGGCUGUGCAUCACAACAACCUGGACGUGGUGAAACUGCUGGUUAGCAAAGGAGGAUCCCCGCACAGUGCUGCCCGAAACGGCUACACUCCCUUGCACAUCGCAUCCAAACAGAACCAGGUGGAGGUGGCCAGCAGCCUCCUGCAGUACGGAGCAUCAGCCAACGCCGAAUCACUGCAGGGGGUCACACCCCUGCACCUGGCCGCCCAGGGGGGGCGCCCCGACAUGGUCUCCCUGCUCAUCUCCAAGCAGGCCAACGUCAACCUGGGCAACAAGAGUGGACUCACCCCACUGCACCUGGUGGCUCAGGAGGGCCACUUGGGCAUCGCGGACAUCCUGGUGAAGCAGGGCGCCUCUGUUGUCGCGGCCACACGGAUGGGCUACACUCCUCUUCAUGUGGCGUGUCACUAUGGCAACAUCAAAAUGGUAAAGUUCCUCCUGCAGCAGCAGGCCAAUGUCAACUGCAAGACGAGGGUGGGGUACACUCCACUACACCAAGCAGCCCAGCAAGGACACACGGAUAUUGUCACCUUAUUACUGAAGCACGGAGCAUUGCCUAACGAGACCACCACUAGCGGCAGCUCGGCCCUGGCCAUUGCCAAGCGCCUGGGCUACAUCUCCGUCAUUGACGUGCUGAAGCUGGUCACGGAUGACACUGUGUCCAUGUCCACAACAGAGAAACACCGCAUGAGUUUCCCAGAAACAGUGGACGAGAUCUUGGAUGUAUCAGAAGAUGAAGGAAUUGCACAGCUAACCCUAGCUUCUAGUGAUAUAGUGACCUCUGCUCCUCGUCUCUGUGUUCGCUUCAACGGUGACGAGCUCCUGGGUAUGGAUGGGGCCAAGUCCUCAAAGACGGAGGACACCAAGGACCAUGAUGAGGACUUUUUGUCACCAAAGAAGUCGUUGGACUACGAUGCUGGAUUUGGCACAGCGAACUACUCCCCAGCUAUUCCCAGAAUUCCCUGUGUCUCACCAGAAACUGUCAUCCUGAAGGACACAGAGCAGCACACUCCAGUUCCUCUGCCGAAGGAGUAUGACGAGGAUUCCCUGAUUCCCAGCAGCCCUGCCACUGAGACGUCGGACAACGUCAGCCCCGUGGCCAGCCCCAUCCACACUGGGUUCCUUGUAAGCUUCAUGGUGGAUGCGCGAGGAGGGUCGAUGCGUGGGAGCCGGCACAAUGGGCUGCGCGUGAUCAUCCCGCCGCGCACCUGCGCCGCCCCCACGCGCAUCACCUGCCGCCUGGCCAAGCCCCAGAAGCUGACCACGCCCCCUCCGCUGGUGGAAGGGGAGGGCCUGGCCAGCCGCAUCAUUUCCCUGGGCCCCGCAAGCAUGCAGUUCCUGGGGCCAGUGAUUGUGGAGAUCCCCCAUUUUGCGGCACUGGGCCGUGGAGACCGGGAACUGGUGGUUCUGCGCAGUGAGAAUGGAUCUAUCUGGAAGGAGCACCGGAAUCGCUAUGGCGAUGAUGUUCUGGAGACCAUCCUCAAUGGCAUGGAUGAAGACCUGGAGAGCGAGGAGGAACUGGGGAAGAAACGUAUCUGCCGAAUCAUCUCCACUGACUUCCCCCUCUAUUUCGCCGUGGUGUCGCGUAUCCGGCAAGAGAGUGAGCUGAUUGGCCCAGAAGGUGGCCACCUGAACAGUAAACUCGUGCCGAUGGUCCAGUCCACCUUCCCCGAGACAGCGGUGACCAAGAGGGUGCGCCUGGGGCUGCAGGCGCAGCCAGUGCCGGACGCUCUGGUGGCCAAGCUGCUGGGCAACCAGGCCACCUUCAGCCCGGUGGUGACCGUGGAGCCACGCAGACGCAAAUUCCACCGGCCCAUUGGCCUGCGAAUCCCACUGCCCCCCUCCUGGAGGGAAAGCCCGCGUGACUCGGGGGAGGGCGACACCACCAGCCUGCGUCUGCUCUGCAGCGUCAUCGGUGGCACUGACCCAGCCCAGUGGGAGGACAUCACUGGCACCACUAAACUGGUAUAUGCAAACGACUGUGCCAGCUUUACCACCAACGUGUCUGCACGCUUCUGGCUGGCGGACUGCCCCCGGACCGCCGAGGCGGUGUCCUUCGCCAACUUGCUGUACCGCGAGUUGUCGGCGGUGCCCUACAUGGCCAAGUUUGUAGUGUUUGCCAAGAUGAACGAGGUGCGGGAGGGCCGCCUGCGCUGCUACUGUAUGACCGACGACAAGAUGGAUAAGACGCUGGAGCAGCAUGAGAACUUCACCGAAGUGGCUCGCAGCCGCGACAUCGAGGUGAUGGAGGGCAUGCCUCUGUACCUGGAGUGUUCGGGGAACCUGCUGCCCGUCAGGAAGGCCACCCAGCAGCCCCGAAGCUUCUGCUUUCACGCCUUCAGGGAUAAUCGGCUGCCCGUCACCGUCAAGGUGAGAGACAGCAGCAAAGAACCUUCUGGAUUCCUGUCUUUCCUGCGCAAGUCCACCAAGUACGAGGACAGCCAGCACGUGCUCUGCAACCUCAACAUCACCAUGCCCCCGUGUAUAAAGAUUGUGGGUACUGAAGACCGCCGCCGAACUUUGACCCCACUCGCCCUGAGGGAAAGAUACAGUGCCCUAAACGAACCAUCCCUGGCCACUAUGAGCGCCAUGGAAAGGACAGAAUUAAAGAUGGCUUUAAUCUCGGAGCAGCUGGGCUUGAGCUGGGCAGAGCUGGCCCGCGAGCUGCAGUUCAGUGUGGACGACAUCAACAAGAUCCGGGUGGAGAACCCCAACUCGCUGCUGGAGCAGAGCUCCACGCUGCUCAACCUGUGGGCCACUCGGGAGGGCAAGAAAGCCAAGAUGGAAAGUCUCUACACGGCACUGAGAAGCAUUGACCGAACGGACAUUGUCAACAUGCUGGAGGGCCAGGGCCCUCAGCCGCGGCCCGGCAGCCGAGAGGGGACGGGGCGUCGCCAUGGAGACCGCGAUCAUCUGCUUCCCACUAGCAUGACCAAUGGUUAUGGGCUGGCACAGGAGGAGCUGCCCUCCCCCGCCUCCGGGCAGUACAGCCUGGCCUCCCCGCUGGGCGGAGAGCGCUACUGGCAGGAGGUGUCCAGCAUGGAGUGCGCUCCCAUUGCCACCACGGAAGAGGACACGCUGAUGGAGAUGUCAGAAGUGCAGGUGUGGCCCUCAGGGGCCAGCCCCUCCCUGGUGCCCGUGGAGGACUCCUCGUUGGAGUGGAGCAACGCCGACGAGCUGGACGUGCCGUCGUGUGGCGGCAGCCUGGGCCGGCCGACCAGCAGGGGCAGCGGUGGGGGGGGCGGGCUGAGCGAUGCAGAGACGCUGGGUGAAGCAGAGCACAGCGAGGUCAGCCUCAACGGGCUGGACGGAGGUCAGAGGUCAGAGGUCGGGAGGUCAGAGGCACCGGAGGAUGCUGUGGCGGCGGGCAGCAGUUCGACGGCCGGAGCCGGAGGAGGAGGAGAAGGAGGAGGAGGAGGGGGAGGAGGUGGAGGUGACGUGGACGGGCCGAGCUCAGAGGAUGGGCUUUCUCUUAUUGCAGGACAGCAGCGGGUGUAUGCCCGCCUGAGCGACUCACCUGGUCUGACCCGAGUCAACGAGCGCAAUGGAGACAGGUCAGCCAGCACCUUCUUGUCCUACCUACACGACCAGCCCUCCACCCAGGGCUGGCAAUCCCCCCAGAACUGGCUUGGGUCCAAGCCCAGGCAGGCAGCGGAAUUGCCGGUGUCGUCCGGACAAGGCGGGACCCGGGACGGUGACUUGGGGCUAUCGCACACAGCCCAGGAGGCCCUACUGCAGCCUGCGUGGGAUGCAGGGCGCCCCGAGGCCCUGCUGAGUCACUUCCGCAGCACGCAGCCUUUCGAGAAGGGGCUGGGCUUUCAGCACCGGCCACCUGAGCUGAGGGAGUGGGAGGAGGCACGGCUGAGAGGGCAGGGCGAUGCGCUGGAGGACAUGACCGGGGAUCACGUGAGCGAGGAGCAGUUCACCGACGAGCACGGGAACAUCGUCACGAAGAAGAUUGUGCGGAAGGUGUUGAGGAGGGAUAAGGGCCUCGGAGACGAGGGGGGUGAUGCACACGGGGACGGCCCAUCCCUGCAGGAGGCCAGUGGGCUGGAGGAUGAGGCAGAGCAAUUUCUGAGCUACGCCGUGCUGGGCCGGGACAGCACCAAGCCCGAUGUUGUGGAUAUGAAGAAGGGGGCUCAGAUAGUGAAAUGUGCCAGUCUGCGGAGAAUAAAGCCGUGAGACUCAGUGACUCCUCCCGGCAGACCCCGACACCCACUCCCAGACCACCCUUCAUGGACACAUGACAGGCAGCGGGGCGGAGGAGCUGGAAACCUGAACAAACCACCGGAAGCAGCGGGACGGAUGGCGAGGACGGCGGCGGGGAAGACGAGCGAUCACGAUGAGGAUUUACCCAUAGUUUUCUUACCAUUUUUUUAACAAAAAAAAAAAAAAAAAACUAACUAAACAAAAAAUAGGCUAGAGGCAUGAUUUCAUAUAAAAAAAUAAUAUAAACCGAGAUGUGAAAAAUUGAAAAAUCCGAGCUUCCUGUAUCUGUAUCAGCAUGUCUGACUGCUGACGCAUGGCAUGUUUAUCUACAGACUGACGGGGAAUCGGGGGGGUGUGGGGAAAGGUGACCCAUGCAGGAACGGGAUUGGCUCUGAGGUUUGGGGAGAGGAAAACGCACAAUCUCUUUUUAGUUUUUCCCCUCUUGGAAAAAAGGGAUAUUUUGCUGACAGAGAGAAAAGGGUUGAUUUUAAAAAUAUUAUAUAAAAAUAUAUACACAGGUCAAUGCGAGAACCUAAUCCUAAAAGAAGGUUCUAAACUUGCAGUGGAGACUUUGGACCCAUCAGCACACUGAUCCGUAGCUGCAGUGUGCCUGGGGCCCUGAGGAAUCCUCACUGUAUAUAAUCUCCGCACUGCUGACGUUACGCGAAUGUACGCGUGCGUGUGUACGUGCAAAGUGGCCCUCGGGGCCCACGCUGCUGGCUUGGUGCACACCUUUGCUCUUUUGUUUUCAUUUGGUUGAAUAUGUACCUAUAUAUCCUGCACAUUAAGGGCAUGAAAAAGAAGAUUGUAUACUUUUACUGUCCUGCAGGGGGUGUUUGUACGUCAGUUUUGUGUACGUGUGAUUAUGUGCGUGUGUGUUUUUUUAAAUGUCCCUUCUGAUUAAUGUUCUCGUUACCCCUUUUCUGGGUUCUGAAGUGUCUCUUGGUUCUUUGUGUGUAAGGAAUUAGUGACCCCCCCCCCCCACCCCCCCAUGAGCCUCUCUCGCCAUCGGUAUCUGUGCUUCCGGAGAGCUCCGUCCCAUGGGGCUGCUUGCUCGUGUUGAUUACUGACCUGCGCAUCCUUGGUGUCCUGUCAAGCCGUAGUCCAGAUUCUUCCUGCCUGCACCUCCCCCCCCCCACCACCACAACACCACCACGCAGCUGCAGCUGUCACCUCUGCCAGCUGCUCAGCCGGGGCCUCACCUGUCUGCGCAGCUUCCCACGUACUUCCUGCGCGCAGCCUGAGCUAAUUCUGCGCUACCUUAGCCCAGCAGCACAGUUGUAGCCAUCCUGUCUUCCUGGGGGGGGCGCCAACGCGCACGCAGGCCCUGUGGCCUCUCCAGUACACAUGCACACACGCACAAAUGAUACUCCUGUGCGCAUUUACACCCCCAUCAGCCCCCCCCCCCCCCCCCCCAUGGUGACCGCUCCACCAGCUGGCCGCUCACAUCAGUAUUUCACAGAGGCAGCCCUCUGCCUGUACCAGGGCUUGUUAUGCGAAUGGUCUGUUUUUGAGGGGGUUGGGCAGUCAGCUCAAUGAGUGUGGAAUGCAAAGGAGCCAGGGGGGGGGGGGUAGCCAGCCAGCAAGCACUGUGAUAACAGACUGUAAUUCAGACCCCAUAACUGUGAUUCCUAGCCACCCCCAACAACCCCCAGGCCAUGCUCAUCCUGCCUGUCUGCCCACCAGCAGCCCACAUGUUAAAUACCCACCACCUAUAUAAAUAUUCUUACUGUUCAACCCCCCACCCCGUGUUCAAAUUGGUCAGUAGAACCCACUGGCUUGAGGAACAAUACUAUCAGGGUGGCUGGAUCGGUACGUACAUGUGCGCUAUUUGUGUGUGUGUGUGGGGGGAGGGGGUGUCAGUGGGAGACCCCUACGCUGCUGCACACCUGACGAGCUUCCAGUUCCUGGGCCGGCCAGACCACACCUUACCAAACCUUAUCACCUGCUCCAUUUAGCAAAUAAGCAACCAUAAGGAGGAAAAGCAGCCCUUGGGAAACUUCCUCAUUCCACACACACUCUUCCAUCUGCUCAGAGACACCUUUGUGGCAUGAAAACAUUAAGCAGGAAUCCAUGUUUAGAUUUAAGUUUUACCUGCUCAAGCUGGUGAAGUCAGCUGGGGCUCCCAGCUUUUGGGUUUGUUUUCCACACGGAAGUUGAACCUUUAUCUCUGUGAUAUUUUCUGCCACUCUGAAGGCCCACAGGAACAAAAGGGGCAGUACUGGGAUGUCCUAGGGGUCUGUGUAUAGAGUAGCCCUAGAGGGUGGUUCAUAGGGUCAAUCGCAUGAGCAAAUCAAAGUGUCCCAGAAUGCACAGCUCCGGCCUCAAACUAUUCACUUUCUUUAUCUUUGUUUAAGCCUUAACGUACAUAGUUCUGGAGUAUAUAUUUUUUAAUCAAGGCAGGGCUGCAUGACCAAACACUAAAAAAUGCUUUCCUGGUGUGCGUGUGUGUGCAUGUGAUAGCAGCAUUACAGUGCCACCUUAAAGGAUUGUGUCCAGCGCAGGGCACAGAACAGGCUAGUGCUGCAAAUUCAUCAGCCGUUCUGAAUACUCUCCAGCAGCCCAGCGUCCCUCUUCUUCAGAACCCCAACGUCACCCAGGGGACAUCGGUCCUCCCUCCAGGGGACCAGUAAGCACAGGCUCACUUCCAUGCCUUGGUGAAGAAGUCAGUGCAGUUCCCAGUUUGGAGAGUCUAAGUAGUGGCACGUUGUCAUUGCAAAUGCACUCAUGCAUGGGAAAAAUACAUUCACAGCCGCACAACACAUUUGCAACGUCCAUUACAGCAAAUGUUCUGCUCAGCAGAUGUGAGAUUGCGACACGACCUACCUGCUUGACAUAGCAUGAAGCAGUGCUUCUCAGGUCCUGAGGUGCCCCUGGACAGCCUACAUGUCCGAAACAAUGGCAAAACUUAGGGGGCAGGGGGUGGCUUCAGAUGCAGCAGAAAAUCAAAGGACAAACCAAACAUCAGUGGCUGGGAAAAUUGUUAAAUAUGGGCGUGGCUCCCCUACAUUUUCUCGCUCUUUUAGCUUUUUUAAUUUGCACUACUGCCCUUUGACCCAUAUUUGAAGAGCGAGGUCACAGGGGUCAGAUUCUGUCACCCACCCAGGAGCAGGAAGCAGAGACAAAUAGGGGCUGGUUGAGCAGGAGGGGGGGGAGGUCCAAGUCUGGGAGUCGGGUGUCUAGAUACCUACUCUGACGAGGAGGUGCAGCAGCCAGAAGAGUGGAAUCUUUAAGGGGUAGGGGGGCAGUGGGGGGCUCCAAAUUAUUCUGAAUAAAUGAAAAGAAGCAACAUAAUAAAGGAAUUGUAUAAACAAGUUCAUGCAAAAAUAUUACCUUGCAAAAACUAGAGGUCACUUAUACUCCUUUAGAAUGGAUUGACGAGAUUAUUAACGCAAUAGCAUAUUACUCAAUACUAAGGAAUGCAACUGCGCACAUGCACAGAAAAAUGUUUUUAAUAUAAAUAUAAAUAUAUACAUAAAUAUAUGGAAAAUAUAUAUUUCAUUAGAAUGCUAUGCACCGUUACUUGCUAUCUGGGACUAGAAUUAUGUUAUGGAUGUACUUUAGCAUCUUAGCUACCAAAUGAAUAUUAAGUUUUGGAGAAUGCCGGCUACUGGGGAAAGGCAAAGGCUUUACAGGUGCUUCACCUGUUUUAUUUCCUUUUUUUAUUGGUACAGAGAGGGGGGAAAAAGAAAAUAUAUGUAUACACGCCUUUUAAUCAGAUUCAGUCUGACAUGAAGAUAUGUAUAGACAAUUUAACCCUGUACACCAGCUCAAAUCAUUUACAGAAAUUAAUAAAGAAAGAUAUGACAUA